AUGAACGAAACAUCACCGCAAACACACGAUCCCGUACUUCAUCACCGCUACGGAAAACACCCAAGCUCUCCCUACUAUGUGGAGGAGUCAACGCUUCCGGCCGUCUCCGCGAUGAGAUGCCGAUAUUCGAAGAUUUGCCUCAAUUGGCGAUGCAAGACCCCCCUACGCCGGCUGAGCGGGGAUGGCAAAGAGAACCGCGGAUCUGCAACCGCGCGGGGCCUGAAAGAGAAGCGCGAAUACCACCCUACGAGGACGCUCAACGGCUCUACUCCCCUUUCUCCAGCAAAUGCUCAGCUACCCACGCCAUCACUAUCAUCGUCGUCUCUCUCAGGGUCCUCCACUUCUGGAAUUUCCAAGAAGAAAGCCAUGAGCGGCCCACACAAGCGUCUCGCCGUCAGAGCAAAGCCGCGCAUUGGCAUCCGCCGGCUAUGA